AGAAAAAAAAAAUGAUAAGGCUAACUAAAAGAAAACAACCUUUGAUCCGAUAAUUGAUGAAUUAGGAAAUCAGGAGAUUUACAUAAAAAUGAUAAAAUGGGGGGUUUUCAUGAGUUGAAGCUGAUCAAAGAUGGACAAUUUUUUUGUUUCGCCUGCUUUAUCUGCUACACUUGAAACCACUUACGAUACAAAUGUUCCUAAAAGAACACAGACGCCUGUUCUUGAAUCUUAUCCAAACACUUUAGCACAAUCUACCGCAUUACACGGUUCUGAUUCUAAUUUAUCUCUUCGUAAUGUUACCGGUCCUUUUCCCUCUUCGGAACCUCCGUCACCUAUCACACAACACCCAAAUGUUGCAGAUUAUUAUACCGCGCGCGAUCCUUUAGAUUUAGCUCCUAGGCGAAAAUCUGAGGAGGAAAUUAGACAAAACUCCAAGAAAGUUAGAAGUUUCUACAGAGAUCAAAAUAAAACUAUUGAUACUUAUUUAACACCAAUAGAUAGGGGAUCAACUUCCGAAGACACUUCGCGUAACUUGUUAAGACUUAAAAUUGCUGUCAAUGGAUCAAUGGCAGUUAAUAUAGUUUUAUUUGGGCUACAAUUAUAUGCUGCUAUUUCCUCAGGUUCUCUCUCAUUAUUUGCAACUAUGUCCGAUUCUUUUAUGGAUUUACUGUCAAAUAGUAUUUUGUUAUUUGCUGGUAGAGCAGCUAAGUUUAAAAAUAUAUUACAAUAUCCAACGGGGAAAUCACGAAUGGAAACCGCUGGAAUAAUUGUGUUCUCCUCGCUCAUGUCUACUGUUUCUAUUGAAUUAAUAGUUGAAGCUAUUAGAACACUCAUUGGAGGGGAACAUUCGUUAGAUAUUAAUCUGUUAGCUAUUAUUUGUGUUGGUAGUGCGUUAGGUGCAAAAUUUAUACUUUUCCUCUAUUGUUUUUCUCAACGUAAAUUUCCCAGUGCUCGAAUUCUAGCCAUGGACCAUCGAAAUGAUUUAUUUGUCAAUUCAAUUGGUUUAGCUAUGUCACUAUUAUCUAGACAUAUAAAAUGGUGGAUGGAUCCUGUUGGUGCCAUUGUUGUGGCAUUGUUAAUCCUUAGGAGUUGGACGAGCACCGCUUAUGAACAAAUUCAGUUAAUCGUUGGUAAAAGUGCAGAUUCUGGAUUUUUAAACCGUGUAACUUAUAUUGGUAAGAAACUUGAACUUUUUCGUAACGAAUUCAAUCGUUCUAACACCAGUAUGAUUUUUUUAAUUCCAACUAUAGCAUUGACACAUCAUCCGAAGGUUCUUCAAGUUGAUACUUGUAAAGCUUAUCAUGCUGGUAAUAAUCUUUUCGUGGAAGUUGAUAUUGUUAUGGAUCGUGAAACCCCGCUUUGGGAGAGUCAUGAUAUUGGUGAAAGUCUCCAAAUAAAAUUAGAGAAACUAGUAAAUGUUGAAAGAGCAUUCGUACAUGUAGAUUAUGAGACAAGUCAUAAGCCAGAACAUCAUAAAGAAGAAUAAAUCAAUGCAAGAGUAUUAUUUUAUGUAAUAUUAGUUCUACAGUUAUUAAUUUGUAAAAUUAUUUUUCAUACAUUGUCUGCGAUUAA